AAAGCAAAAGCAGAGCAACUAGCUAGUAAAGUAAGCUUAUAAAAAAUACAAAAGAUAGUCCAUUGCCAACCAAUCUUUCAGUCAUAAAGGUUUGAUUAUUCACUCUCCCUCUCCAUUCUCUCCCUCUCUCUCUCUCUCUUCAACAAAUGACCAUCUCAAGUCUCUCUCACACUCACUACUAUCUCCUUUGUUCAUGCAAGAUCUCAAGAACUCACACACAAGGAAGCCAUGGUACCAACGAGCAAUAGAGAUGGCCACAUUAUGGAAACCCUUUCCAAAACCUCCCAAAAAUCCCACAAAAGAUCACGAUUUUUUUUGGAAAUCAAUCUCAAAAACAAACGACAUCACCACAACAACCUCAACAAAUGCUACAAAGAGGCUAAGGAAAUGCAAAUCCCUAAGGGUGGCAACCUCCUUCACCCGAGUGUGCCUAUGCGCCCCAAUCUCUUCCUACACCGAGGUUUUCCAAGCCGACGUCCCGCCCCGGCGGAGCUACAGCUACCCGAGGUCCAAGCCGUCGGGCCUCGCGGCUGCGUCUCCGCCGGAGAUGAUCCGGAGCGGCCCUAGCGCGAGGAUGAGCAUCGAGGGGAGGAAGAUCUUCCGCGGGAAGUCUUUAAACGACGACGUUUUGAUGAGGAGGUUUGUGGUGGAGGAAGAGGAGGCGAUGAUGAAGGUGAGGAAGAGAAAUGAGAUGGAGAUUAUUAGGAGGAGAAGUUGUAUGAAGAGGAAGAAGAUUGGGCCUAGUCCUUUGAGUAGGAUGGUGUUGGCUGAGGAGGACUAUUGAUUAGGUCUAAUUUUUUUUUUCUUUUUUUUUUUCAAUUUCUUGUCACAAGAAUUUAUGUUAUAUUUUUAUAUUUUUCGACGUGUUUCGUUAUUAUACACUAAUGCAUAAUCAAGGAUUGACUUGUUGUAUUGUACCAAAUAACAUCAUGAAUGAAUACAAAUGCAAUACGUGUAUUGGUGAAGUGAAA